AUGCAUUCUUUAGUGCCUAGUCUUCAGACCGCGCCCUGCUUGGCUGUUUCCAGACUGCUCCGUGCGUGGCCGUUUCCAGAUCCCGCCCUGCUUGGCCGUUUCCAGACCGUGCCCUGCUUGGCUGUUUCCAGACCGCGCCCUGCUUGGCCGUUUCCAGACCGCGCCCUGCUUGGCCGUUUCCAGACCGCGCCCUGCUUGGCCGUUUCCAGACCGCGCCCUGCUUGGCCGUUUCCAGACCGCGCCCUGCUUGGCCGUUUCCAGACCACGCCCGCCCUGGCCGUUUCCAGACCGCGCCCGCCCUGGCCGUUUCCAGACCGCGCCCGCCCUGGCCGUUUCCAGACCACGCCCUGCUUGGCCGUUUCCAGACCACGCCCUGCUUGGCCGUUUCCAGACCGCGCCCGCCCUGGCCGUUUCCAAACCGCGCCCGCCCUGGCCGUUUCCAGACCGCGCCCGCCCUGGCCGUUUCCAGACCGCGCCCGCCCUGGCCGUUUCCAGACCGCGCCCGCCCUGGCCGUUUCCAGACCGCGCCCGCCCUGGCCGUUUCCAGACCGCGCCCGCCCUGGCCGUUUCCAGACCGCGCCCGCCCUGGCCGUUUCCAGACCGCGCCCGCCCUGGCCGUUUCCAGACCGCGCCCGCCCUGGCCGUUUCCAGACCGCGCCCGCCCUGGCCGUUUCCAGACCGCGCCCGCCCUGGCCGUUUCCAGACCGCGCCCGCCCUGGCCGUUUCCAGACCGCGCCCGCCCUGGCCGUUUCCAGACCGCGCCCGCCCUGGCCGUUUCCAGACCGCGCCCGCCCUGGCCGUUUCCAGACCGCGCCCGCCCUGGCCGUUUCCAGACCGCGCCCGCCCUGGCCGUUUCCAGACCGCGCCCGCCCUGGCCGUUUCCAGACCGCGCCCGCCCUGGCCGUUUCCAGACCGCGCCCGCCCUGGCCGUUUCCAGACCGCGCCCGCCCUGCCCGUUUCCAGACCGCGCCCGCCCUGGCCGUUUCCAGACCGCGCCCGCCCUGGCCGUUUCCAGACCGCGCCCGCCCUGCCCGUUUCCAGACCGCGCCCGCCCUGCCCGUUUCCAGACCGCGCCCGCCCUGCCCGUUUCCAGACCGCGCCCAGCCUGGCCGUUUCCAGACCUAA